AUGGGAACGGAGGAGCUGGCGAAGAAACAAUAUUUUGCAAAUGGAGAUUUUGAAAAAGUUGCAGCCGACAUUAUCAGCAGUCCAAGACGGGUUAAACCAAUAGAAGGUGAUUCAAUAGUAGCUAAAUCAAUGAUUUAACAAAUUUUCAGAAACACUUGAUGAUACACUCUUGACAAUCAGCGAAAAACAACAAGAAUACUACAGCAAAUGCUUCAAACAUUUAUUAAAAACGACGCAGGUCAGUCAAAAAUUAAUUUUUUUUUUCAAACUCCAGUAUUUAAGGGUUCCCAAGAAAUGAAUGGCGCGGUUUUCGGAGGCGACCAAAGAGUCGUUGAGUUUUUCAAACGCAGCGCUCUUGACUUUGCUUCUUUAUCAAAGUACGUUGAGUUUUAGCGAUUAUUCACCCUUAUUUAAUUUCUUUAAGGAUAUGGUCUCUUUCCGAUGUAAACGAAGAUGGAUGGCUGGAUCUUGCCGAGUUUUCAAUAGCCAUGCAUUUAGUUGUUCUGAAGGUUAAGGUAUGUUGUUUACCGGUAAUUUUUUUUGGUCUGAUGAAAGAAAAGUUUUCUUUGGUUCAAGUUUUUUAUUUUUAUUUUUUCAUAACUUUCCCAAUCUUUGUUAUACUCUACGAUCAAUAAAACCGUCUGAAAGAGCCACUGAUUAAAAAAAUAGUUGUUAUAUGAUUUUCUGUUGCGAUUCUCUCAGAAAAAUUGCUUUGUGAAUCUGUUAUCACCUGUAAUUUGUCGCUUUCCAGGGCGAAGUACCGAUUCCGAACGUUCUGCCGGCAGCCGCCCGUCCACCUUACACGCCACCUAGAAUUUCCUCGGGACUGCUCAGCGCCAGCCAAUCGAGCCAAUGCUCGGCGACCCCCUCGAUUUCCAGUGAGUUCUCUCAAUCGAGCCGGAAAACGGAAAAUAGUUCAGGUAUUUCCAAAAUGAAGACGUCGCCCUCCUGGAAUCCAGAGCCCUCUUCGACGAUCGACGCCUUCACUUCUCCUCCCGCCAUCAAACAGUUUUCCGACACUCCGCCAUUACUGGUCGACAGUCGCCCCACUGCAAUCAAGCAUUGUUUUAGCUAGGAAUACAAAAAUUGUGGGAAAUUUCCUUUUCAGCUGCUCUUCUUUCACUGAAAAGUCCCUCGGGACCUCCUCCAGCUCCGCCUCCGCGUCCUCAGCAACGAGGACACGCCAGAAGCGCCAGUCUCGACCUCAAACUCAUUGCUCUCAAUAAUGGAAGGUUUGAGUUUCCGAUGUCGAAAUAAAAAAAUUUUAAAAAAAUAUAAAAAAAUAUUUGAAUGAAGAGUGGUUUAACGCUUUUCCUGAAUUGGACUCUAUUUCAGAAAUUUUUUUGGUAAACAUUUUCAUCGAAAUAAUAAAAAGAAUCUGUGUUCUUUUCCUUCAAAAUGUUAUCUUUUCUUAUUUCCUAUUCCCUUUGACCUCUCUUGUACCUGAUGUUCUACGAGCGAAAUUCACAACUUCUCUGCCUAAGCCACAGCUCCUGCCGCCGUUUAAACACAGUCAAAUCAAUGAAAGUCGAUCGCACAUGUACUCUUACAUUGAAGAUGCAAUAAACAACAGUUUUGUCAAUUUUUUCUCAAUUUCUUUUAUUCUUGUACAAUGAGAUUGAGACCAAAUCGAUUUUCUGUCAUGCGAUCGUUCUCAUUUUUCCUAACUUUUAAACUCUCUAUAUCUAUGCUGAAAAACAUAGUAAGCUUGUUAAAUUUUUUUUUGAUACAGUCAGCCAUCUAAUUCUAAUUCUUGAUUUCUACGUGAAAAAAAUGUCAAAGAGAGUAUAGGAACUUCUCCAUGUACAACUCCUACUGCUGGAAGUUUCGAAACUAAAAAAUGUACAUUUGAGAGUUUUAUUAGCCUGAGGAACUCGUUUUUAGGGAGUAUAAAAGACGAAACUUCGGAAUUUCUUGGUCUCUUUGAAAACCAUUUUAAGGACGUUCAAAAGAGGUUAAACUUCCAAUCAAGUCGCGAGGCGGAAAGCCAUUUUUUUCAGUUUCAAUUUACGUUGCCAAAUACUUUUUGGUAUACUAGCAAUGAUUUUCAAGCAAACGGUUCCAUUCAAAGUAUUUUUGAAGGGUCUUGAACCAAUCAACACUCGCUACGCCAACUGCGGCCUCUCGAUCCAACAUAGCGGGAGAAACUUCAGAUUCCAACGGCCUUCUUUCUCCUCGAUCACCAGUUCCGCCGUCUUCCAAUUGUACCUAACUCGACAAGAACUUCUAAUAUUCAGACGGUUUCAGCGGUCGCUGAGGGGCCUCCACCAGUUCCUUUGCGGGCCUCGCCUCCCGAGAAAAUAUCUUCAUUAAUCCACGCCUCCACUCAAACCGAAUCCCGAGUUUUCGACGAAGAAGACGUCCGGCGAUUUAUCCAAGGAUUUGGUUGGUUUCUAAGCUUUUCCAGAAAAAUAGGAGGCAAAGAAAUCUAAGACACAAGUCCGAUGGGUUCAUUUCCUUUUUUGCCAUUUUCGAUUCGCUGAAAGUUUUUUUUAUAAAAGUUAACUUUUAAUAGUCUAGAGAGCGUGUGGGAAAGUUUUUGGAAAAAAAGUUUUUUUUAUAGGAUCUUUUUUUAAAUAAAGAAAGCGAAGCUGAAUGUUCAUUUCUGAUAUCAUUUUCUUGGCUUUAUCAUUGAUUGCUUCCUUUUAAAGAAAUAUCUGAAGAUGAUUCAGGAGGCCAAAUGGACGAUUUAUUGGGUGAAGACUUAGACGCAAUAGAUGGCGAAGGGCCUGAUCGGUGGGGCAAAAGAUGUUUAGGUACAGAAUAUCGCUAAAAUAUUUCUAAUUUUUGAAAAUUCAAGCUCUACGGAAGCAAAAUGCGGAGAUGGAAGCUGAACGGGCUCGGUUAGCGCAGGUAAAAGAAUAUCUUUGAAAAAAUCUAUGAAAAAUGGAGAGAAUUUUAGGUCCGUUUGCAGUUGGAAAUCCGUUUGCAGGAGUUUGAAGAACGAUCUAAAGCCAAAUGUUAA